AUGCCGUCGUCCCUGGCCGACGGCUACGACUGCGUCGUCUUCGACUGCGACGGCGUGCUCUGGAGCGGCGGCGAGACCAUCGCCGGCGCCUUCGCGACGCUCGACGCGCUCGAGCGGGCGGGCAAGAAGGUCUACUUCAUGUCCAACAACUCGAGUCGGGGCCUCGCGGAGUUCCGGCGCGUCUUCGAGGCCCACGGCCUCGGGCGCUUCGUGCGCGACGACGCGCGCGUCUGGAACUCGCUCACCGCCGCGCGGCACUGGUUCGAGGAGCGCGGCGGCGGCGGCGCGGCGUACGUCGUCGGCGCGCCCGCGCUCAAGGCCGGCGUCGCGGCGGCGGGCGUGCGCGUCGUCGAGCCCGAGCCGAGGCGCGGCGCGGCGCCCGACGAGCUCGCGGACAUGGCCAUCGACCCGGGCGUCGACUCCGUCGUCCUCGGCUUCGACAAGAACUACGGCUACUUCGAGGUCGCCUACGCGGUCCGCUGCGUCCUCGAGAACGGCGCGAAACUCGUCGUCACGAACCGCGACUUCCAGUUCCCGGCGCAGCGCGGCCUCAAGAUGCCCGGCAACGGCGCCUUCGUCGCCGCGGUCUGCGCGGCCGCGCGCAAGGAGCCCGACGCCGUCGUCGCCAAGCCCGAGCCCUACGUGCUCCGCAAGAUCAUCGAGGACGCGGGCUGCGCGCCGUCGCGCGUGCUCAUGGUCGGCGACAUGUGGAGCGACGUCGUCUUCGCCCACGGCGCGGGCGCGGACGCGGCGCUCGUGCUCGCGGCCGACGGCGACGCGUGGACGGGCGCCAUGGCGCCGGACUACGUCGUCGCCGACCUCACGCGCCUCCUCGACCCGGCGCCGCCCGCCGCCGCGCGCCGGCUCAAGCGCGCGCUCGCGAGGCUCGGCGCCGCGCUGCCCUGGUCCCACGUCGCCUGCGUCGCCGCGGGCGUCGCGGUCGCGGCACUCGUGGGUCGCCGGCGGUCCUAA